ACCUCUUCAAAGUACGACUACAUCAAGUGCAAAGAUCUGAUCCACUCAGGAUCUCCUACCGUCUUCCAGCUGACACCAAAGAAAGAAUGUAUUGAAACCUUAAAAAUAAUGACUCUUGGGAAUGAAGAUCCACGUAAAAUAAAAAGAACCAUCUUGCUUGUGGGAGAAACAGGAGCAGGAAAAUCUACUCUGAUCAAUGCCCUGGUCAACUACGCCAUUGGAGUGACGUGGGAGGACAAUGUCUGGUUUGAGAUCGUAGAGAAGGAUGAGAAGAGAGAUCAGUUUGAAAGUCAGACAUCAGAUGUGAUCGUGUACAAGAUCUUUGGUUUUGAAGAUAAAACUCUGCCGUACUCUCUGACCAUCAUUGAUACUCCUGGAUACGGAGAUACCAAAGGGACUAAAGAAGAUGACAUUGUCAGAAAAAGACUGUUAGACUUGUUCGGCUCAGAGGACGGGGUUCUUGAGAUUAACGUAGUGGGUCUGGUGCUAAAAGCGAGCGACAAUCGACUGAGUGACCGUCUGAGGUACAUCUUUGAUUCAAUGGUGUCUCUGUUUGGAAAAAACAUGGAGAAGAACAUUGUCUUCCUAAUCACUCACUCAGAUGGAAAAACACCUAGAGAGGCUCUCAAAGCUCUAGAGGCAGCAAAGAUUAAAUGUGCAAAAGAUGAAAAGAAUCAGCCAGUUUACUUCCUGUUUAACAACUGCCAGAACACAGAGAGAAAUCAGAAAAACAAACUGGCUUUAGAGGCAUCAGGGGAAAUAACUACGAGGGGAAUGAAAGGAUUUACAGACGUCCUGAUAGAUCUGAGAGGCAAAAAUCUGAAAACCACUACUGAUGUAAUGAAUUCACGCAUCAGACUGACAGCGUGCAUUAAAAACCUGCAAGAGCGAGUUGAGUUGAUUGAACUCCAACAGAGAGAAAUCCAACAGACUCAGGAAAAUCUGAAGAAACACGAAGAAGAGAUGAAGAGCAACAAGAACUUCACUAUAGAAGUUGAUGAGAGCUACAAAGAAAAAGAACCUAUCAAGGGUGGGAGGUGGCUUUUGGUGUUUUAUGAAGGAGUUGUGAGCUGUAAUAAAUGUGAGGAGAACUGUCACUUCCCUGGAUGCACGAUGGCCCGAAAUCCCAAAGACUGCGACGUGAUGAAAAGAGGUAAAUGCACAGCAUGUUCUGGAAAAUGUCCUGCUUCUGACCAUGUGAAAGAAGAGAUGCGGUACGAGACCAAGACAAGAAAAGUUCAGAAGACCCUUCAAGAUGUUAAAGACAAGUUUGAAAGCAGUAAAUCAGACCUUGAGAAGAGUACAAGCAUUCUGAAAGAUCUGGAGAUUAAAAUGGGAGAGCUUGAGAAAGACAAAGAUCAGUGGUUAGAAGAGUCCUUCAAGUAUGUUCUCAAACUGGAGAAGAUCGCUCUGAAUGUUGAUUCACUGUCCACUCAUGUCCACUUGGACUUCUUGAUUGAGAGGAUGAAGGAGAAAGGAGACACAGAGAAGGUCCAGAAACUGGAGGAGAUGAAAAGUCGAAGGGUUGAAGGAACCAGAGCAGCUCUCAAGUAUAUGGGUGGUGGAAGCAUGAAAAAAGGGAAAAUGUAAUUUGGGGUGUGGGGGUCCUCCCCAAUAAUUGUUUUUUAACAGAGAAGAUAUCAUUUUAUACUAAUGCAUUUUAACAUGUUUUGAUGCUUUUACCUGAUUAAAACAGAAGACACAUUUUGUAGAUGAUGAAGAAGAAGAUGGGAUGUUUAUUAGGUAUUAUUAUUUUUGGAAUUAUGAUUGUUAAAUAAUCAUAUGUUGCUUAUUGUGCAGUGAUAACAAGUCAGCAAACACAUGUGAGUUGAGCUCUCUUUAAUCAAGCAAUUAUGUUCAGUGGUGGAAAUAAUUAUCUUUACAUCUACAAACAUGUUGUGGUCCAGUCUGCUGUUUUGUUUGAUGUUUUUUAUAUGUCAAACUAGUCUCCUAACAUCAGUCCUCUAGCAUCCUCAUCUCUCCACUGCUCUGCUGAUGUUAGCUAGCAUUAGCACGAUGCUUACCAAACAGUGAGGCUGUGUCUGAAAUCACUCCCUAUUCACUCUAUAGUGGACACGCCAUUUUGUAGUGCUAUCCGAAUUCUGAGUGAGCGUGGUCAUACCCUAUAUCGUCCACUCAAUGUAUCCCACAAUGCAUUUUGAAAAGUAGUGUAUGAGCGAUGGUCACUAUGCGAGAAAUAUAUACCAUCAUGCACUGCGGUUCAAAAGAUUUUCACGAGUGGAGAGUGGCGUUUGACUCGACUGCUCUCAGACGGACGAGAGGAGCGAGCAGCGUGAACACAGAAACUCAUUAAAGUUCAUAUUCAGAACGUUUUUACUGAAAUCUAUGAUCAGUUUUAAUAAAUAGUACAAGGUCGUUAACGUAAGUGACGGUAGUUUGUCCUAAUGAUGAUGACAGACACGAGACCAGAGUCUGUGAGCAUGAAUAAACGAGUCUAGGUGCAAAACUUUGUUUCUUCAAUUAUAGAAAAAAUCUUUAUUUUAUAUUUAGUCAUUUGUUGACUUUUUUUGUCAAAAUAAACUCAGGAUGAUUUAAGUUAGUACUGAAAUUCAUGUCGUUAUUUACCGUUAUUGUUAAUCGUAGGCCGGAGUUAAGCUGUACAUUAUAAAACAAUGACGUCACUGUCAGCAGCCGGCCAGUGUGCGAGUAGUGUCCGAAAUGUAUUUUCAUUGUUCUGAAUGAGUGCACUACAUAGUCCACUACUUAUAACUCACUGUAUAGUGAGCAGGGAGGAGGGAAUUAACCAGAGACAGAAGUAAGACUAUAAGGGAUGGAGAGACAGAUGUGCUGAGUUUAUGAUACAGUUUUUAAGUGAGAGGAUCCAAAUUAAUGAUUCUUCAAAGGUGGGUGAGACUUGUUGUCCCACCCAUAUAUGAUGGCUCCGUUGGCAUUAAUUGAGUACAAACUCACAGCUGCUGGAAAGCAGUUAAAGCAAAGACGAAGUAGGUGAACAAGGUCAUUGUGAGGCAAAAAAAACAUUGUAAAAACAGACUAAACUGUCACUACAAACCUCUUAACUUAACAAAAACUUAAAGGUCACAUAUCCUCCUCCUCCUCCUCUUCAGUGUAAAUAAGUCUCAGAGCUCCUCAAAACAUGUGUGUGAAGUUUCUUGUUCUAAAUCCACUCUGAUCCUGUAUUUGAUCAUGUCUAUAAACCCCUCUAUUUCAGCCCUGCUCAGAACAGGCUGUUUCUGUGUCUGUACCUUUAAAUAUGUAAAUGAGCUCUGUCUGACCACGCCCCCUCUCUGGAAGGGCUCGGGUGUACUCUGUCUUUCUGGCUCCAUGUCCUAUUGUUUACGGUGAGAAGGCAGACUCAGAGGGCAGAACAAACACCUAGCUGUGGGAGUGUCACUCACCUGGGGGAGGGGCUACUGCCCUUUGUGAUGUCAUGAAGGGAAAAUCUCCAAACGGCCUGUUUGAGCACACAUUUUCUGAAAAGUGGAGCAGGUAGAAGACAGAGAGGAUGGACUUUUCUCCUCAUUGGGGGGUUUGUAGACGGACUAGAGACACAUGUUAGAGGAACAUGGUGAAGAGGAUUUUACAGAAUAUGUGACCUUUGAAACCUUUCAAUUUUGAAUCUUUCAUUUUAUUCUUGUGGUGUACAAUGACUGUGGCUGUUAUUAUUUUACUUUCAAAUGAUGACUUGCUGAAAUGAUAUGUAACUCAAACUUAACCGCCUGUGUUGAUGUGCUGUAUUUUAAUCACAUGGAGUUUUAUGUGUCUUUGUGGUUUGACAAGUUCAGUUCUCUCAGAUGACACAGUCCAUGUGGAUAGUUUUAUCUUUUCAUGUCAUCAUUAUUGUGAACAAGCCGAUUGCGAUCAUUGAAAGCAUAUCCUGAUUGAUCUAUUUUUUGGAAUCAAUAAAAUGGAUGUUUCUUGAAAUCAGCUCAGUGUGUCUUCACUGGACCAUCAGCAGGUGUAGUUGCCAUUAGAUUGAUUGCAUAUUAAUACUAGGUUUUUGUACUGUUUGCAUACAUGGCUUAACAAUUGCUUGAGAAAUUAUUUAAUUAUUGCUUAAAUCAGGGGCGGUUUUAGGAUCAGAGCUGUCGAUGUGCUCAGCUAUUAAAGAAAUACUGACAUGUAGAGUUCCUGUUCAAUCCUCCUGCUA